CCAGAGGAUUGGGUCAGCAACGAUGUGUUUUGUUACCAGUUUGCGAGCGACACACCGGCGACCUACGACCGUGCCAGGGACACUUGUAAUCUACAUGGCGCCGGGGUGCUGAGUGUUGAAACGGCCGCAGAGAGUUCUUUCAUCUCGGGCUGGCUACAGAAGAACGACCCGCAACAACACCAAUGGUACACCAGCGGUAUUUUAGAUACGUCCCAGCCAAAACAGAAAUUUUUUGUCUGGGAUUCAACAGGAAAUGCUAUAGACACAACUCUCUUGGACACUCUAAUGGUGCAACGUCCGAACAUGUCGCUUGACUCAGGGGUCAUCAUCUACACACAAGGAGCGACUGGUCCAGGGUGGUUGUUUACAAACCGAACAAUGGCCAGGGCUUACAUCUGUAAAAUUCCACGGGCGGAGGCUUACAGGAUCGUUCUCUCUAACCGAGGCUUUGAUUACGGGAUCGAAGGCGCCGACAUGAAAAAUUUAGAAACUGGUCCAUUUUUUAUCGAGCAACCAAACAGUGUGGUGGUUGUCAGCCAGGUCGAGGAUGUGGUUGUCGAAUGUCUGGCCACUGGCAACCCGCUCCCUGUCUACAAGUGGUUUAGGGGAGCCAACCUUGACCAGGAGGUCACAGAAAACACGGACCCCAGGUACACACUGACCAACGGGAAACUGACCAUAUCGUCACCCAGUGAAAGAUUAGAUGGCAACAACUAUCGAUGUACAGCUGAAAACAAAUUCGGAAAAAUUAUCAGCAACACGAUUGAGAUCGCUUUCGGAUUUCUCGGCGAGUUCAAUAACGUACAAGACGCUGGAACACGGGGGAAGGCUUUUGAAGGCGCCACAGUUGAGUGCAGCAAGAUUCGAUACAAGCCAGCUGUCAGCUACAACUGGUACAAGGGCCCUAGCCAGCAGUUCGUCAGGACGGAGUUUCAAACCUACAUUUUUAUAUCCAGAAAUGGAAAACUCUACUUCUCAGAGGUGACACGAAAUGACGAGGCUGAAUACACGUGUGUUGUCAAUUUGAUUGGAGUCAAUCAGUUCACUAUCGGCAGCAACCGUUCACCAUCCAGGAACAGCUUACCCAUCCCUCUGCUUGUCCAGGACCAAACUGCCCAAGCUGACUGGGGACCUGUCAUACAAAAUGAUUUUAUUGGUGUCUUCCCGAACCCAGCACUGGCAGGACAAGACAUCAGAUUAGAAUGUUUUGCUUAUGGCUCUUCGACAUCGCCAUUUACCUACAAAUGGACAAGGGAAGACAACCCUAUGCCUUCGCGAGCCCAGACUAUGGAUAGCAACAGAGUUCUCGUUAUUUAUCAAGCGCAACUAGAAGACAACGGCAUUUACCGGUGCACAGUGAGUCGGGGCGCCUCUGCCAGUGAUACAAAAACUCUGCAGCUUACAUUAGGAGCCCGGCCCUACUUUGUGAGUCCACUAAUGAAUCAGCAUGCAGACAUUGACUCGAGACUAACAUGGAUAUGUAAUGCCAGAGGUAACCCAGAACCUGUCUACUACUGGUACAAGAAUGGAGAGAAAAUUCAAACUGAUCGUGAAAAAAGAAUUCAAGUUGUGAAGAAUGUCUUAAGCAUUGAGAAGCUGUCUCCAGAUCUGCACAAUGGCAUGUACCAGUGUGGUGCUGAGAACAAUUAUGGCUCGUCAGCAUCAUCAGCUCAGCUGCGUGUUUUAGCCUUUAAACCAAACCUGGACAAAUAUCCCCCUCCUGUUACUUUGAUGGCUCCACAAAAUGGAAACGUGACCAUCAGAUGUAAUCCUGAGGGCUCACCAUUUCCAACAAUAACAUGGACCAAGGAUGGAGCCGCAUUAUCAAGUGAUGGAGCUAAAUACACAAUUUAUGCCAAUGGGAACAUUUACAUCACAUCACUAAGUCCUUCAGAUCAUGGAGUCUACGUGUGUAAAGCUGUAAAUAUUUUUGGCGAGGCCCAGGCAAGCACAGCAUUAACAAUAACAGGUGGUGCUGCUAUCACUCUAGCUCCAUCAGACCAGACGGUGAUAGUAAAUAAUACAGUGUUCCUACCCUGUGAAGCUUCUUACCCCAAGGGUGUUGAUCUGGUCUAUGAGUGGACGUUCAAUGGGUUCCCUUUGUUUCUGGAAGAAGUUUACUACAGACAGGUACAAGAUGCCACCCCAGGUAGUAAUGGACUUUACAUCUUAAAUGCCCAAUUCAGGCAUGAAGGAGUUUACAUCUGCAAUUCUAGAACACCAUUCAAUACUGAUACCAAGUCUGCCUAUAUCAAAGUUAAUGGCCCACCUAAACAGCCAGCAGGUGUUCACAGUUUUGGCGAGUCAACAACCACAAACUCAACUGUCAUAGCCUGGACAGCAGGUGCCGACAGCGGCUCUCCAAUCACAGAGCACCUGAUUCAAGCUGCCAAUGAGUUCACACCAGAUGAAUGGACUGACAUGACCACCAUAAAGGUGUCAGACAGCUACAGAACAAAUGACCCAGUAGAAAACAAACACUCAGCUACUGUUGAGGGGCUCAAUCCUGGCACGGGCUACACAUUUAGAGUGCUAGCACGUAAUGUUCAUGGAUAUGGAGAGCCAAGUGAUCGGUCUACCAUGAUCCAAACACUCCAAGCUGCCCCUGCUGUCUUUCCCAAAGAGCUUCGAGGUGGUGGAGGAUCUGUUGGAGAUCUGACCAUACGAUGGAAUCCUCUGCUGAGGUCUGAAUAUGGAUCAGAUACAGUAGGGUACAGAAUCUUCUGGAGACCCAAGUCAGAGAGUACAAUAGGUGGAGGCAUGUGGAGAAAGCAAGAGGUGACAGAUCCAAAUGUGGAAUCAUUUGUCACACUUGUGGGUGUGGACAAUUAUUACCUCCCCUACGAGGUGAAGAUCCAAGCCUUCAAUGUGAUGGGUAGUGGUCCUAACAGUUCUAUAGCAGAGGUCAUGUCUGCUGAUGGCAUACCAAUAGCCAUACCACUGAAUGUCAACACACUUACCAUCAAUGUAUCUGCUAUACAAGUAUGGUGGGACCCACUACCAGAAGACAGAGAAACUGCCAGAGGAAAAAUUCUGGGAUACCAACUCAAUUACUGGAAUGAAGAAGAGGAUCCAGGCUAUUACAUGCAGUCCAUACGUUACUAUGGCAACAUUGGAGAGGGAAAGGUCAUUGGCUUGGAUCACGACAUCAAUUGUGUUGUAGAUGUACAGGUUUAUAACCAAGCUGGUCUUGGGCCUCGCUCAAACUAUUACAUUAUGGAGACAUCAAGUUUUCCACCCUUACAUUAUCCUGAGGAAGUACGAAUCACAUCAGUUGGUGCAGGCAGAGCUCAUGUCUGGUGGCGAGGUCUAACUAUCACAUAUCUAGAGGAGGAUAUCACAGGAUAUCUGAUCUAUGUUUGGACAGCAACUGAAAAUCCUCGGUCAGCAAGAGAAAUUAAGGUUGAAGGAAGAUUUGGGGUUUAUGAGUAUACAAUCUCCAAUCUUACCAAUGAUAGGAUCUAUGCUUUGAGGGUUGCAGGUGAUGGUAAAGGAGGUACUGGGAAGAAAUCCCCAACAAUGUAUUUUGCUCUAGAGGGCCAAAUAAUGAUAGACUCAAGUUUUGCAGAAACUAUUGAUGUCUUCUUAUCAAGUGCAUUAACACCUAAAUUAUCAAUACUUUUUUUUGCUUUAAACAUUUGUAUUGUUAUAUUAUACAUCAAACCUUUUUUUUUAAAUCAAUAAUGAAAGAUUAGUGCCUUAUUAUGUUUUUAUUCAGAAAGAUAAAAAUAAGCUGUGUGAAUAACAUGUCCUGAAUAGCUGUUAAAAAUUAUUGCAGAAUAUCAUUUUAGAGUAUUGCCCUUCUGUGUAAUUUUUUAACCCAGUGCUCAGGCUAGGAUUGACCUUUGUCCACACAAUGACUUUUUAUGCUGAAAACAUCAUAGAACUGUUAUAAUAAUAUAAUAUAGAUAUACAAUAAGUUUUAUGUCUAAAUGGAAAGCCAAUUAAUUAUAUCUUUUCCAUCUGAUCUAACUCAGAACUCUCCAACUCUUUUGGUAUAAUAAAAUAGGUGACAUUAGAUUUAGAUUGCAUUUAGUUGGGUUGUCUUUUUAAUAGCAAUAAAAAGACUUUUCUUUAAUGAUAUUAUUCUACUUAGUGAUAGUCUCUAAAUUUUAAUGUUAAUUUGUUUAUUUUUCUCCACUGUUUUUGGUUUGUUUUGACUGACUUGCUUAUAGCAUCAUUAUGCCAGUGGUUAAAAUAACUCUUAUAGUUGUGAUAAUAGAAUAGUGUGUUCAGUUUUAGGCUUUGUGUAGACUAAAGUGUUAAUAUGAUCAGGUUGGACAAUCCUGAACUGAACUGUGUGUAGAUAAUAAAUAAAUGUAUGUUCUAUGACACAGGAAAUCCAAGUUACAUUAUUUGUAUUGUUGUACAUUUAUAACAAAAAGUUAUUGCUUAAUUUUUCCUGUGUGCAAAAUGUAAAUAGUGUAAACUUCACAUUACGACAACAUUCCAUAUUAUUCUAAAUCAUUUUUGUAUAAGUGUAUAUUUCAUGCGUCAGCCUUCCUCCAGAAUGUAUUUUUUUAGGUAUGGGUGGUCUGGUUUGGUUUUAUCAGACAGAUUUGUAAAAACUGAAUAAACUAUAAGAAUAUACCACA